CUCCGCAUCCUCCAAGAGCGGCUGCCCACGCUCCUCCAGUCGCCGCUGCCGCAGGAGGUGCUGAGCCCCAACAUCUCGCUGCACCUGUUCCCGUCGACGCACCCGCACCUGCCCGUCGUGACGGGCCGCGUCGCCUACAUAGCCGCGCUAUGGUCGAGCCCCAUCGCCUGGAACCGCGUGCCGCUGGUCGGCAACGUGCGCCUUGAGAUACUGUCGGAGCGCAUGGUCGACCAGAACCACGCCCACGCCCCGCUGCCCGGCGGACGCCGGCCCCGCGGCGCCUACGGCGAGCAGCUGAUUGUGCGGUGGCGCACCGUGGGCAAGACGGCGCGCACAAACGGCAACAGCAGCAGCAGUGGUAAUACGCCGUCGCCGCAACAGCAAGCAAGGGAAAGCGCUGCGGCUCCGGGAGAAGGGAGGAGUAGUAGUAUGGGCGAGGGCGACGGCGGCAACAAAGAGUUCACGGGCCUGUUCAUCUUCGACUUUGACCGCGAAGGCCGCAUCCUCAGCCACACCAUCGAGCACGUCCAGGAGAGCGGCCAGUGGGAGCGCGGCGUCGGCGCAAAGGUGGUCGGCCUUACCGACUGGCUGCUGGGCGGCAUCAAGGGCGGAGGCGCAUCCGAGCCGUGCCCGGCCUUUGCCGCC